AUUAGCCGCCAGUCCCGGAGUCCCCCUCGUCCUCCAGCUCUCUCGCCCCCUCUUCCUCUUCCUCUUCCACCCGCCGGAGCGCAGCCGCCGUCUCCAACCUCGGCGCCGUCGCGUCCUUCCUCCACCUCUGCUGGGACCCGGCGCGAUUCCUUUCGCUGGGCUAGGAGGAGGAAGCCCUCCCCGCUCGAGGAACUGGUAGGCGCGCGGCACGACGCGUCUGCCUUGCAGCGCCGCGCUCCCCGAGGACGCCGUCAUCCCCGUGGGUGCUCCAACGCCGCCGCCGCGAGGUUUCGUAGGUGCUCCAUCGACCACCUCCGGAGCUCCGGCGACCUACGUCCGCGCAGGGCAGGAAGCUGCUGCUUUCUGUUGAUUCUGGACUGUGGUAAUGGGGGAGGCUGACGAUGCUAGGGAUGCGGUGGUGGAAGAGAUGGAUAUCGACGGUGGGGAUAGGCACCGUGGCAAGGACAGGAGGGAUAGGCACAGAAGAGAGAAGGAUCACCAGGGCAGUGGGAGGAGGGACAAGGAUAGGGAGAAAGAUAAGGAUGAGAGGAGGAGGGACAAGGAUGAUACCAAACAUAGGGACAGAGAUAGGGAUAGGGACAGAGACAGGGACAGGGAUAGCAGCAAGAACAGGGACAGAGAUUCAGAGCGUGACCGUGGCCGGGACCGUGAUCGAGUCAAGGACCGGGAAAGGGAUACAGAGAGGGAGCGGAGGGAUAGGGACAAAGAGAGGAGCCGCAACAGGGAGAAGACCAAGGAGAAGGAGGAUAGAGAACAUGACAAGUCGAGGGGAAAGGACCGCGGAGAAGAGGCAGAUUUGUCUAAGCACGAAGAGGGAGACCAGAAGAAGGGAGUUGAUCCCUCAGGAGAGGCUGACCAGGCCUCCACGUCUGUCCUCAGGGAGCGCAUCGCUAGGGCAAAGGAAGAAAGGUUGAAGGAGAAAAAAGAAGGAGGAAUACUGGAUGAUAAAGAUGAUGCUUCAGAGAUAUUAUCAUGGGUAGGCAAGAGUCGUAAACUUGACGAAAAAAGACAAGCUGAAAAAGAGAAGGCGUUACGUCUUGCACGAGUAUUUGAGGAACAGGAUGAUAUGUUGGCAGAAAAUAGUGAUGAUGAUGAUGAUGAUGUGGAAGAUAAACAUGGCGGAGAUCACUUAUCUGGAGUGAAGGUUCUUCAUGGGCUUGACAAAGUCAUAGAAGGUGGAGCAGUUGUCAUGACUCUCAAAGAUCAGAGUAUCCUGGCUGACGGGGACAUCAAUGAAGAGGCUGAUAUGCUUGAGAACAUCGAGAUUGGUGAGCAGAAGCAAAGAAACGAAGCUUACAAGGCUGCGCAGAAGAAAGGAACAUACGAGGACAAGUUCAGUGAUGACCCAUUGUCAAAGAAACCUAUGCUAUCGCAUUAUGAUGAUCCAAUGGAAGAUGAGGGAGUGACACUUGAUGAAGGUGGACGCUUCACUGGUGAAGCAGAGAAGAAGUUGGAAGAGCUCCGCAAAAGGAUUGAAGGUGGUUCUGUUCAGAAAAAGACAGAAGACCUUACUUCUGCAGCAAAGAUGACAUCAGAUUACUUUACCGCUGAUGAGAUGCUUCAGUUCAAGAAACCAAAGAAAAAGAAAUCCCAUAGGAAGAAAGAAAAGCUAGAUCUUGAUGCACUUGAAGCAGAAGCUAUUGCUUCUGGAUUGGGAGCUGCUGAUCGUGGGUCAAGGAAUGAUGGUAAACGACAGGCUGCUAGGGAGAUGGAGCAAAAGGCUGAUGCUGAAAAGCGAAGCACUGCAUAUCAAGCAGCCAUUUCAAAGGCUGAAGAGGCGUCAAAAGCAUUGCGUCAUGAGAAAAUGCCUGGUAAACCAGCUGAAGAGGAAGAACUGGUUUUUGGUGAUGAUUACGAAGAUCUGCAGAAGUCUCUGGAGCAAGCAAGGAAGCUAUCUCUAAGGAAGCAGGAAGAGGCUGCUGGUUCUGGUCCUCAGUCUGUAGCAGAACUGGCUACUGCGAACAAGGGCCAAGGAGAUGCUGAUGCUGCAGAGGGAGAUGCACAACAGAAUAAAGUUGUUAUCACAGAGAUGGAAGAGUUUGUGUGGGGCCUGCAGUUAAAUGAAGAGACACGCAAGCCAGAAGCAGAAGAUGUGUUUAUGGAUGAAGAUGAUGAUGAUAUGCCUUCAGGUACCGUAGCAAAAGAUGACACGAACAGAUUGGGAGUGAUCAAAGAGGAAACUGUCAUUGAAGACCCUAAAAAGGAUGCAGAGGAAGAAGAAGUCAUACCGGAUGAGGUUGUGCAUGAAGCUGCAGUUGGCAAGGGUUUGGCUGGAGCUUUGAAGUUUCUUCAGGAGCGAGGUACCCUCAAUGAGGGCACAAACUGGGGAGGCAGAACCACAGACAAGAAGAAAAGCAAGCUUGUUGGUAUUGAGGAUGGACCAAAAGAAAUUCGCAUAGAAAGAAUGGAUGAAUUCGGUCGAGUGAUGACACCUAAGGAGGCAUUUCGGGAUCUGUCGCACAAAUUCCACGGCAAGGGACCAGGCAAAAUGAAGCUGGAAAAACGGCAGAAGAAGUACCAGGAUGAUUUGAAAACAAAACAAAUGAAAUCUUCUGACACGCCUUUGAUGUCCGCGGAAAAGAUGAGAGAGGCUCAAGCUCGUGGCCAAACACCAUACCUUGUCUUAAGUGGCAAUGCAAAAUCAGGUCCGGCAGGUGACGCUAGUGGUUUUGCUAGCGUGGAGAGAUCACAUCCUGGGAGUUUGACGCCCAUGCUUGGGGACAAAAAGGUGGAGCUCUUUUUGGGCAUCAAACGAAGUGCCCAGUCUGGAGGCAUGCCUCCGCUGCCUCCAAAGAAGCCAAAACACUGAGGUUGCGCCGGACCUGACUGUGAGUAGGAUUGAAGGGAAGAGCGAGUUUUAGCAGAUUUUGAGUAGCCGACAUGGAUGCCAGUGCCAAACGGGCGUUGUAAUGCAAGAACCUGAGAUACCUAGUACAAGCAGGGUCAAUCAUGAGAUGCGCUGAAAUGUAACAAUCUGUAAAUUUGGGUCCUAGAUUUUACGGCUAUAAUAUUAACACAGGUGGUGUAAGUUCUGUAACUCUUCCCAUACAGUACUUGUACAUGCACGCUCCUCGGUUUGCAAAUAUACAUCUGUUUGCUAUUUUGUGUGACA